AUGUUCACUUCUAAGGAAUGGAAGGAUAGUAAAUUUUCCAAGACAAGAGAUUGGAAAUUGGUUGAAAAUAUAGUCACAAACAAGGACUUUUGGAAGAAUUUGGUUAUUUUCCUUAAGGGUGCUUUUCCAUUAGUUAAAGUCUUGCGUAUGGUGGAUUCUGGUGAGAAGCCAGCCAUGGGCUAUAUCUAUGAAGCAAUGGAUCAGAUUAUAGAUAAUAGAUGGGACAAACAGUUGCAUAGGCCUUUUCAUGCUACGGGCUACUAUCUUAAUCCAAUGUUGCAUUACAAACCUAAUUUCAAAGCAGAUAAUGAAGUUAAACAGGGGAUGUAUGCAUGUUUAGGAAGGAUGAUGGGAGAAGACAUGGAUAUGGUGAAUAAAAUUGAUGGUCAGCUAGAGGAUUUUAAGAGUAAAAAAGGGUUCUUUGGGAGUGAAAUAGCUCAACAUGGACUAGAAAACAAGACACCCACUCAAUGGUGGGAAUCUUACGGUGAUGCACACCCAGAUUGUUCUAGCUGUGAGAGAAACUGGAGUGCUUUUGAGAUAGUUCAUACGAAGAAAAGAAACCGGUUGAAACAAAAGACUAUGAACGAUCUUGUGUAUGUGAUGGUAAAUACAAGAUUGACCAAGAAUAAGGUUGAAAGAAAAAAGCGAGAUCUAACAAUCAAUGAUUUCCAAUAUGAUGAUGAUUGGUGGUGUGUUGCUGAGGAAGAAAAUGCAGGUGGUAAUCAUGUAAAUGUGGCUGAUUUAGAUGAAGAUUUGAUGCAAAGUACUGGUGUUAAAUCAACUGUACAUGUAGAUUGUAACGCCCCGGAAUUAAUUAAAUUGGUUAAUUAA